UUUUAUGUCCAAAAUUUUCACGUAAAAUGUAUAUAAAAUAAUGGUCAAAUAUGUCUUCAAUUACAUUUUUGAGGAAUUUGAAUAUUUUUCGAACCAGAUUACCCCGUAUAUGCGGCAUACGUAAAUUUUGUUCAGAAGACUGUGGCGAUGAAAAGAAAGGAUUAAUUUUGGGCAUAUACGAGGGUGAUAAUGAGGAACCAGUAUUUACAAAGGCAGCAGCAAAAUUUAAUGACCAUCUUGGAGGCAAAUUAUUCGAUUUAAUAAAAAAGGCUGGAGGUGACUUAAAAAGAGGAAAAGCAAAAAUUUUUAAUAACAUUGAUAAGGAGUUUUGGUCUAUUGCCGUGGUUACACUUGGCAAACAAAAACUCGCCUACAAUGAGAUGGAAGCCAUUGACGAAGGAUUGGAGGCAGUACGUGAAGCUGCAGGAAUGGGUGCUCAAGUUUUAAAAAGAGAAGGUGUCACAAGAAUACUAAUAGAAGGGUUAGGCCAUCCUGAGCAAGCAGCAGAAGGAAGUGCUCUAGCUUUAUGGAGAUAUCAAGAAAACAAAUCCAGACAACAUUGGAAAGUUAUUCCUACAUUAGAAUUGUUUGAUGACUGUGAUGCUGAAAGUUUUCAAAGAGGUUUGUUCAAAGCUGAAUCUCAAAAUUUAGCGAGACGUUUAUCUGACACUCCAGCAAAUCAAAUGACACCUCUACAUUUUGCUCAGGAAACUGUAAAUGAAUUAUGUCCCUGCGGUAUUAAAGUUACUGUACAUGAUAAGGACUGGAUAGAAUCGAAAAAAUUAAACGCAUUCUUAACUGUUGCUCGUGGAUCAUGUGAACCACCAGUAUUUGUUGAAAUAUCUUAUUGUGGAGCGCCUCAAGAACAAAAACCGGUUCUCAUGUGUGGUAAGGGUAUAACAUUUGAUAGUGGAGGAUUAUGUUUAAAGAAAUGCGAAGGUAUGGAUCAGUAUAGAGCUGAUAUGUGUGGUGCAGCUGCCAUUAUUGCUGCUAUACGUGCAGCAUCUGCUUUAAGCUUACCAAUAAACAUUGAAGCUGUUAUUCCAUUAUGUGAAAAUAUGCCAAGCGGUAUGGCUAUGAAAUGUGGAGACGUAGUAAUGGGAAUGAAUGGAAAGUCUAUUAUGGUGACCGACACAGAUAAUGAAGGCAGAUUAAUUCUUGCUGAUGCUUUGAUAUAUGGACAGGCCAGACACAGACCACGUUUAGUAAUAGACGUUGCAAGUUUAACACCGGGUGUUAGGGCGGCUCUUGGCUCUGCUGCUAGUGGAGUUUUCUCAAAUUCUCAAACUAUGUGGUCCCAAGUCCGCAAAGCAGGCGUGAUCACUGGUGACAGAGUCUGGAGACUGCCAAUUUGGAAGUUCUUUAGCAAAAAGGUGACUCGCUUCAAAUCUCAUGAUGUUAAUAAUAAAGGUCUAGGGCACGGCUCAGCUUGCCUUGCCGCUGCAUUUCUAAAUGAGUUUAUAGACUGUGUUGAUUGGAUUCAUUUUGAUAUAACCGGUGUAGGGUUUAAAAGUGAGCACAAGGUGUAUCCCUACUUAACAAAAGGACGUAUGACAGGUCGGCCAACUCGUACUUUAAUACAGUUACUGUAUCAAUUAUCAUGUCCUGCCGAAGGACAGCGAAAACUUACUGAAAAUUAAAUAAACCUUAAGUAAAACUCGUUGACUUUCCGUCAUUCAAAUGUGCAUAAUAUAAACAUUAAGCGCUUCAUUGAACACUUAUCCGCCUUGUCUGGAAUCCUGGCAUAUUCUUAAUAUGCCAUUUUAAAAUUUUCAAGUAGGGAAGGGCACAUAUCAAGGAGUGAGAAAAUUUGUUGAAUAUUUUAUUACCUGUAUUCCAAUAAUAUAUUGUCAUAACACAUGGAAAUACAGAAAAUAAAAAUCAACAUUUAAUUUUCUGCUCAACUUAACAAUGGGCGACUAUUAUAUGGCAGUUUGGUCCCUGCCAGCUAUUUAUGCUAUGGUGUUUUUUUUUCAAGACAAUUUAUUUCCCUAACAAAAAAUGAAUUACAUUUGAGCGCACGUCAGCAUUAAAAACACACUGCGAUAAUAUUUAUUAAAUAUACCUUCGUUUAAAUUCCACACCGAGAUUUACUUAAGAUUAUUGAAAAUCGUCAUUUAACAAACUUUUUAAGUGCCUAAGUAAUGGAAAUACACCAGCCUUUUUUAUUUAUACUUUCAAAUUAACUAUAAAAAGUAAAUUAUUCUCAAAUGAUCCCUUAUAAAUAUUUAUAUAAGUAUUUAUUUACAGCAAGCUGAUGUAAUAUGCAUUUGACAUGGCAUCAGAAAUUUUUAGUCGAGUUUUGUAUUGUUUUGUAUAUACCUUAUUUCUAGAGUAUACUGUCUUUGUAACAUUAUGAUGUAAUGGAUUUUUAA